AUGAGGUCUUGCGCAUGGUCUCAGGUGAGAGUGUACACGCGAGAAUGUGAGCCAGUGGGAAAGAGAAGUCCAGCUGGACAGGAUGAAGAUGGGGCCAGUAUCUCCACCGUGGCUGGCAGUUCAGUGGGGAUAGCAGGAGGAGUCUUGUCCAUUGUUGGUCUUGCUCUUGCCCCCGUCACUGCAGGAGUGUCACUGGUUCUGACGCUGACCGGUGUCGGUCUGGGGGUGACCAGUGGUGUCAAUAGUAUCGUCACAGGCAUCACUGAGGCAGUAGUCAACAGUCAGCAAGGGAAAAAUGCACAGAACAUUUUCCAGAGAUACAUGGAUGAUGUGGGCAAGAUUCUAGACUGUCUGGAGCAGGCCAGUAGUGAGGAGCGUUUAGAGGGGCUUGAUGUUGUAGAUAUGUUUGGAGCGGGAAAGUUGAUAGCUCGUGCAGGAGUAGUGGCCAAAGGUAUUGAUGGCCUGGUAGAUGCAGCUUCAGCUGUCAAAGUUCUCAAAAGUGAGGAGGUGAUUGCAACUGCAGCCAAGGUCGGGCUCCAGGAGGCGCAAAGUGCUCGCAGCAUUCCCAAACUGGCUGCAGACCUGCCCGACAUUGGGCAGCUGGCGAAAGGGACGCCACUAGCGCUCUCAAAGUCUGCUAGAGCUGGAUUCAUCACUCUAAAUGCCCUCUUUAUUGGCUUAGAUGUCUUGUUUAUUUGCAAAGACAGUAUAAGUCUAGCCAAAGGGAGCAAGAGUGAGGCCUCUCAGCUCAUCCGCUCCAGAGCAGCUCUGUGGAAAUCUGAGCAGGAGGCCUGGCAGAAGAUCCAUGAUUCAUUAUGCAUUGGAAUAUGGAGGUUUAGGAAAAGCCAGGAAGUGUUGGAGCAACUCUUUCUGCCUUAAAUUUGUUUUAGAGUAAUUUGCUGCUUAAGUACUUUUCAAGAAGAAUUGAGAUGAACAUUAAAUAUUUGUCUUUAAAUUAAUGACUCCAUCCAUUCCUGUUAGAUCUCCUUUCCUGGAACACCAAUCAAUUAUCAACACUUAUGUCUUUUCAAGCUUUCUGACUUUUUAAUAAUUCAUGUUAGUAAGAAUGUAAGCAUUACUGAGAUCUGCUCAGAUUAUAGCACAUAGUAAAUGAGUUAAAAAUCAUUACUUUUAAAAAACUUGAAA